AUGGUCAACAUCUCGAAAUUAUCCAAUGUUUUCCUGGUACUUAUAUGCACACUUGCAAGUGCCAACAAUAUCUCUCGAUACAGAAAACCACUCCCAUCCAACGUGCAAAUAGUCGACACAAAGUUUGGAUUUCACUGUGUCCAAGAGGCAAACCGCGGUACGCUAGUAUCUGUUGAAAACAGCGGAUACUAUUCCAAGCAUCCAGAUAGCGGCAAAGUCGUAGCAGCCUCGUCUGACAAAUUAAGCGCUGAGCUGGACCAGUCACAGAUAGGCUUGGCUCGUACGUUUGGGAUCGAAGGGAAGCAUGAAGAGGCUGCAAAUCUACUUGGGAAACUACAGGAGAAUGGACUUGAUUUACAGAAGCGCGAAGAGAGUAAUGUUCCUAAAUAUGUUGUUGAUGCGCACUGGAUGGGUUGA